GGGGCGGAUCGGAGCGGUCCGCGCGUGCCGGCGCCCCCGCCCGCUCUGCCGCCGGGCGUUACUUUAGCGGCCGGAGCGGGCGCGCGCGGCGGCGCUGUCUCUGCCCGCGGGGUUCCGCACGCAGCCGCUCCUCGCCAUGUCCAAGGAAGCCAAGAAGCCGAUCCGCCAGAGCAUGGCCGAGUGGCGCCAGUUCGUGUACAACCCCGACAGCGGCGAAUUCCUGGGGCGCACGGCGAAGAGCUGGGGUUUGAUCUUGCUAUUCUAUCUGGUAUUUUAUGGCUUCCUAGCAGCACUCUUCACAUUCACAAUGUGGGUUAUGCUUCAGACACUGAGCAGCGAUAUACCAAAAUAUCGUGACCGGAUUUCUAGUCCAGGACUUAUGAUCUCACCAAAGCCAGACACCGCACUGGAAUUUUACUUUAACAAGAGUGAUCCCCAGUCAUACGCAGAAUAUGUUUCUACACUUAGAAAAUUUCUUGAAGCAUAUGAUGAUUCAAAGCAAUCCCAAAACAUAAACUGCACACCGGGAAGGAUUUUCGAUCAGAAUGAUGUUGCUGUUAAAAAGGCGUGUCGAUUUAACCUCUCUGAGCUUGGGCAGUGCUCUGGAAAGGAGGAUAAGACCUUUGGCUAUUCUAAAGGAGCUCCCUGCGUGCUUGUGAAAGUGAACAGAAUAAUUGGAUUAAAGCCUGAAGGAGAACCACGUAUACAAUGUACAUCUAAGGAAGAAGGCACGGUUGAGAUGAGUUAUUUUCCUGCCGAUGGUUUCAUUGACUUAAUGUACUUUCCAUACUAUGGGAAAAACUUGCACGCUCACUAUUUACAGCCUCUAGUGGCUGUUCAACUAGCAAUUAACUCCAACAGUACCAAAGAAGAAAUAGCAAUUGAGUGUAAGAUCCUGGGCUCACCUAAUUUAAAAAAUGAAGAUGAUCGUGACAAGUUUCUGGGACGAAUUGCCUUCAAAGUUCAGAUGACUGAAUAGCAGGAAUACAAAAUUCUCCACAGAGUAAAACCUUGUGUUGUCUGUUUUGUUUCAGCUGGAUGUGCCGUUCUAGGAUAUGAGACCACCUUGGAGAAUGUUAAGGUGGUCUGUGGCGUUCAGGGUAGCAUAACAAUAUGCUUCCAAACCCCAAGUUUAAAAUCCCUCAAAAUAAAUCUGUCCUGCUUCUGCCUGCCCCAUUGGAACAGUGUACAGACUAUAGUUAUGUCAUAGGGACCUGUAAAUAGCUAUUUCAAACACAUAAUGAUGGUGACCUUUGUCCUGAUCUAAAAUGUGGUUUUAUCUCUCAAGUGAGUGUCUCAAGCUUAAUGUGCUGUGCUAUGUAAAUAUUGUAUUGAUUUAACACUGGUUUAACUGUCAUUUCUCAAUGCUGACACAGUUAUAGGGAUAAAUAAUAAAUGGUACCUGAUUGACAUAGUGAUUUUUUUUGUAAGAGUAAACACCUCCAGCGUAAAUUGUGUGUCUGCAGUGGGUGGAUUGGAUGGCUGGUUGCGUGGAGAUGCCUUAAAUUGUAGACUGGGUGGCGUGGGAGAAUUGAAAUGGAUUUUAAGAGUUGAUCUGGAUUUCUGAAAGUACGUGCUCAACUAGUACUUCCUUGUGCUUGUCACCGUGCAAGUAUUGUGUAUAUGUAAUACUUGGUAGAGAUCUUGGUAUUCUAGCUGAGGAAUUGAAUCUUUCUUCGUGUUAUUAAUUGCUUGCAAUAUGUGGAGCACAAAUAAAAUCUAUAUAAUAUUUUGAAACUUUUUAGUUCAGAAAUAUCAAUAUACAAGAAUUAGAAUUGUUUAGGGUCCUGGUAACAGUUAGACAACUGAGCUGCUUGAAAGAAACGGCAUCAGUAUUGUGGGAGUAGGCUUUCAUUUUCCAAUUAAAAAAAUUCCUGAAGAACCUCUGUUUAAAAAAAAAAAAUUACUGUUUCGAUUAAACAUUCCUGUUUAAUUUAUAUACUCUGUUUUGUUGCAUCAUUUUAACAUGCUUCACAUCUUUGUCUACUCUUUCAUCUUGGAUUUUCUGUGUAUUUCCUCAUCAUCCAUUUAGAAAAUCAGUGUUAUCAGCUGCUUUAUAGAAAUAUCAUAUUGACGUGGAGUCGAUUACUUGCAGUUUAACUUAAGCGUUUUCAUUAAUCCAGUUGCUAAAAUGACUACAAAUAGACUGGUUUGCUUGUGACAGCUCCUUGCAUUAAACCAAGAUCACCCAUUAUGCUGGGUUAUAGCUUCCACACUCUUGCUGACAUUGAUUUUAUAUUACUUUUCCCCAGGGUUUUUGUUUGUUUCUUUUGGUCUUUGUUUUUUGAGCACAUGGUUCACAUUCUCAUUUCUUCUCAAAGACUAGAGCAAAUCAGCAGUUGUGUAAAUACCCAUAUGUUCUGCUUGCUAUGCCUAAAUUGGCUCCUUAACAUGCUUUUAUGCCUAAUUCUCAAAGUGUUUUUUAGCAUUUUAUUUAAAUGCAUUAGAUGAAUGAUUACUAAUAUUUGAGGUCUAGUCUUAGUGCUCUGCUUUGAAAAUGUUUGAGGCCAGUCUUAAGACACAUUAAUGCAAAACUCUAACACCUAUGCAAGCUUAAACUGGUGCACAGUUGGAGGAAGCUGCUCUUAAUGGGACUUGACCAGUGUGUUGAACCUCAUUAAAAAUAGGUUUAUACUGAUCUGUUACCAUUCAGCAUGCUUUUUUGUUGUCUACAAAAGAAAAAGUGUUGUUCCUUACAAAUAUGCAAUGGGUACUUUUAUAAUAAUAGCAUGCAUCAAUACUGAUUAAGAAUGUUCUUUCAAAAUAUUCCUUUACUACUGUUUUAAAUCAUGCACUUUCAGAGCUGGGGUACCUGGGUUCUUCAAGAUAUGACUAAUUGCUUCUCUGUAUAUUAAUUCUGCUUGAAAAUAUUUUAAUAGUCCUGAGGGAAUUUAAAGUGUAGAUGUUGCAUCUGAAAAUGAAAAGGACUUGCUUAAUUUAAAAAUAAAAAAAAAAAAUUACCUUUGUGUUCACUUAGGAAUGGUAAGAAGUUCUGGAGAAACACUCAGUUCUCAAAUGAGCUGGUUUUUGCAACAAUUUCUCUUUCAAGUUAUCUAUAUAGAAAAAGCAUGAAAUAGCAACUCUUCACCAGCACUUUUCAGACAGGUAGAACUCAAUAAACACCUGUUCUCCUUA